AUGCCUCAUAGCCCUAUGUCCAGUGAGGAUGAGGCGGCCCAGUCUAUUUCAGAGGGCUCAGGGGCUUCAGACAGUGAGAGUUCAAGGGAAGGGACAGGGGAUCGAGGCCUGGCACCAGACAACCCUACCAACAGCAUAUCUGGGGCAGACGCAGUGCCCCAGGAACCACUGGUCAUCUGUGUGGUGAUACCAGACCUCCAACAGUCAGUUGUCUUGCACUUUGAGCCAAGUGCUACAGUUUGGGUGGCUAAGCAGCAGGUGCUGUGUUCUCUGACCCAGCCGCUCCGGGAUGUGAUAAACUAUGGGUUAUUCCAGCCUGCGUUUCAGGGGCGCGAGAGCAGCUUCCUGGAUGAGGAGCAGCUACUGAGAGUGUUCCCUAUACCCAAGUGUCAGGGGAUUCCUACUCUAGAGUUUCGCUACAUGAGCCGAGUCUACAAACACUCAAACGUCAAUGAGAAACAGAUUGCUAAGAUAAACACCCAGGCUAAUUUGAAGUGGUUUAUGGAGAGCAUUCAGCAACUAGAACUUGAAAGAGUGGAGAACAUGUUGGAUAGAGGCCUGGAUCCCAACUACCAUGACCCUGACACUGGGGAGACCCCCCUGACCUUUUCAGCCCUGCUGGACAACAUGUCAUCCAUCAUCACAGCUCUGAAAAAUGGAGGAGCUCAUCUGGACUUCAGAUCCCAGGAUGGAAUGACUGCCCUGCAUAAGGCUGUCAGAGCCAAGAACCUCAGUGCAGUCAAAACUCUGUUAGAGUUGGGCUCCAGUGUGAACAAUAAGGACAGCCAGUCUCUCACCCCGCUCUACCACAGUGUGCUAAUGGGGGGGGACCCAGCUUGCUGCCUCCUGCUGCUCAGACACAACGCUACACUGGGCUGUAGCGAUGAGAAUGGAUGGACAGAGAUUCACCAGGCCUGUCGCUAUGGGCACCUGAAACACCUGGAGCACUUGCUGCUGUGUGGCAUUGACAUCUCAUCUCAGAAUGCAUCGGGGAACACAGCCCUACACAUCACUGCCUUAUACAGACAGGAACAAUGUGCCAGGUUGCUGUUAUCCAGAGGAGCCAGUAAAGAGGAGAAGAACCACAGAGGUCAGACUCCCUUUCAGGUGGCGAUCAUUGCUGGGAACUUUGAGCUAGCUGAGGUCAUCAAAAGUCACAAAGAGACUGACAACGUGCCUUUAAGAGAGGCCCCUCCCAACCAGCAUCCCGCCCGUCGAAAUCAGGCCACUCCCCCUAAACAUCAGGCCGCUCCCUCUCGCAGCCACUUAUCCGCCCCCUUCGUCCUCCUGCGCUCUAACAGUGACAACAACCUCAACGUCAAUAACAAGCAACUCAACUCCCCCUCUUCUCCAGCGCCCUCGCCCUGUGCCUCCCCCCUGUGUAGCCCCGCCCCCUGUCGCAGGACCUCCCAGCCCAGCAUGCCCUCACCCGGGGGGAGCACGGUGAAGACGGUGGGCGGGGUGAGAGGAGGUAGGCCCCCACCACGGAGCCGCUCUCCGUCUCUGGGAAGACUGGGGGAGGAAGCCAGACGACAUCAGCAGAGACACAGCAGAAAGAAAGCAAACCGAGAUGAGAGGAGGGGAAUGCAAAUGCCUGCAGGUCAUCAAGGCGGACAGAAGAGGAAGUUAUACAGCGCAGUUCCAGGAAGACACUUUGUGGUGGUCAGACCUUAUCAGCCACAAGCUGAGGGAGAGAUCACGCUGUAUAAAAACGACAGAGUAAAAGUGCUGUCUAUUGGAGAGGGAGGAUACUGGGAGGGCAGUUCCCGAGGAAACAUUGGCUGGUUCCCUUCUGAAUGUGUGGAGGAGGUCCCUACACAGGCUCACGAGGAAAGACCUUAUGCUCGAGCUGACCGUGCAGAGAGAAGAAAGCUCUUCAGAAAUUAUACCGUUGGUUCUUAUGACAGCUUUGAUGCCUCCAGUGACUGUGUCAUCGACGAGAAGACGGUGGUGCUGCAGAAAAGAGACAGCGAGGGAUUUGGAUUCGUGCUGAGAGGGGCGAAAGCGGAUACCCCCAUUGAGGAAUUUACGCCCACACCUGCAUUUCCUGCUUUGCAGUACCUCGAGUCUGUGGAUGAGGGAGGUGUGGCAUGGCAAGCCGGGCUCAGGACUGGAGACUUUUUAAUAGAGGUGAACCAGGAUAAUGUGGUGAAAGUGGGCCAUAAGCAGGUAGUAAAUAUGAUCAGACAUGGAGGAAACAGACUCAUCAUCAAAGUGGUGACUGUCACUCGCAAUCCAGACCCUGAUGACACGAGCAGGAAAAAAGCCCCGCCUCCCCCCAGGAGGGCCCCAUCAUCAGCGUUGUCCAUGGCGAUGCGAUCCAAGUCCAUGACAUCAGAACUGGAAGAGAUGGAAGAAGAAGAAGAAUUGGUUCCGCCUGAAGAGAGUCCAGUGUGGGACAAUAACAGUACAGCAAAUAUGGAGGCCAGGCGAACGCCUGCAAAGACACGCCCUACCAGUCGCUGCUUCCCCUUUAACCCUGAGAUCAACUCCAUAUGUGAUAGUGAGGAAGUGGCCAUGCAGACCCAAGCAGUACCUCCAAGUCCCAGAGCAGCCUAUCUGGGUGUACCCAGACAAGGCACCAUCAGGAGACAGAAGUCCAUAGGUAUCACAGAGGAGGAGAAGCAGUUCCUGACUCCUCCCAUGCUGAAGUUCACCAGGAGCCUGUCCAUGCCCGACACCUCUGAUGAGAUCCCCCCUCCUCCGGCAGUCUCCCCUCCGUCCCCUCCAUCUCCUUCAUCCCCCUCCCCCUCCCCUUAUACGACCUCUCCUCAGCCACAGGGUAGGGGCUACGGCAAUGUCAUGCAUCCCGGAUUGGCACAAGACAACACCCCUGCGAAAGCAAGCCAGAACACUGCCGAGAGAGGUGGGUGAUGGGAGGAGAGGGGAUUAUACUAUCAAGACUCCCCUGGUGAAGAAAACUUUAACCCCGACAGCUACAGUAACCAUGGCAACCAUAGCACAUCCGCUCCUCUGACGGCCCAGCAGAGCUUCCUGAAUCGGCGUUCUGCCACCCAAAUACCAGAGAAUCCAUACUCUGACCUCGGAAAACUGAGCUCCUCUCUGGCUCUGUUCACCCCCAAUAAACCUACCAGGAGGAAGGGGAUGCUAGUUAAACAGUCAAAGAUUGAGGACAGUCCAGAGAAAAUUUGCUCAAUUCCCAUCCCCACCAUCAUCAUUAAAGAGCCUUCCACCUCCAGCAGCGGCAAGAGCAGCCAGGGCAGCAGCAUGGAGGUCGAGACUGGAGUGCACGAACUACCAGGCCAGUUGAGACCAGAUGACAGUGUAAACCCGAGCAGCGCCUUUGUUUUGCCAAUAUCAGGUGCCAUGAGGGAGAGGAGACUUGUGGACCACCGAAACUCUCCAUCAUUCAGAUCUACUGACCUAGCAGAUGAAGACACAUCUUCUCAUCCAUUACCCAGGCUACGGCAUUCCAAGUCGAUCGACGAGGGCAUGUUCAGCAGUGAUGAACGUUUGAGACGACUCAUGGCCCCUCCAUCCUCUCUCCUCCACAUUCCUCGCACUCCAGGAGGUGGUGGAGGAGGCGGCAAUAUGACAGACUUCAACAGCCCCGAUCCAACCAUUGUCCGAGAGCUUCUCAACACCAGAACCGGCCUACACCGCCAUCACCACCACCACAGCCCUCUGAGCCUGCCAGCUAAAAACUACUCCCCGUCAUCUUCAUCAACCUCUUCUUCAGGGCAGGGACCCUAUGUUCACCCAGUCACUGGCAAACCUUUAGACCCAAAUUCUCCAUUAGCAUUGGCGUUGGCAGCCAGAGACCAGGCCAUGAGGGAACAGAACCAGCCACUGCCUCUGAAGAGUGAGUCACCCAAACCAGACCUUAACAAGCCAUUGUUUAUCGACACAAAGCUAGCCCGUCCAAGUGUGGAGGUGGGCUUUGCCAGUACUACAACUACUACAAUUGCCCGCUCCGGUGCCAGGGGUGCCCUCCGCAGGCAGAUGACUGAGUCCAAAUAUGAGACUGAGACCAAGUAUGAACACCCUUUGGUUAAGGAGGAGAAGAGACGAGAAGAAGAGAAAAAGAAAAUGCUGAUUGACAUUGUUGAUACAUCACAGCAGAAAUCAGCCGGUCUUCUGAUGGUCCACACAUCAGACAGAGCACACCCAGAAUCCAGUAAUCUAAUAGGGGAGGAGAGAGAGGAACAGGGUGUGACAGAUAGCACACCUGGUGAAUUGAGAGACCCUAACCAGCCUGCUCCUGCCCCUUCUUCUACUACCUCACCAAACCUCCACGCAACUCCCCCAGCUGUAAAAACCAUCAUCUCAUUCAGUUCGAUGGAGGAGCCAAUCAAACUGCCUUUUGGUAUGAUCCCUCCUCCUCCCCUGGCAUCUGUGGACAUUCCAGAGGAUGAGUUAUUCCCAGAGCCACUUCCCCCUCCAUUAGAGUUUGCUAACAGCUUUGACAUCCCUGAGGACCAAGUCAACGCCAUUGCAGAGUUUCUAAAACAAACUAAAAAUUCCUCACGCGGCACUUCCCUUACCCCUUUCUACCCCACCCACCUCCCACCCAAUAACAACAACGAAAAGCGCGCCCCAUCUGUGUUGACCAACUGUAUGCCUCCCAGCUUCCAAACAGCCACUCACUUGGAGAGCUACGAGCCAAUCAGUGAUUCAGGAAUUGAGGAAGUGGACAGUAGGUCAAGUGGAGACCCCCAGCUGGAAACCACUAGCACAGUCUCCACUGUCUCUUCCAUUUCCACACUGUCGUCAGAAGGAGGGGAGGGGUUAGACACCUGCACUGUCUAUGCAGAUGGGCAAGUUUUUCCUGGGGCCACACUUAUUAACAAAUCAAACAAACACAACAAGGCUAAAAUACACAAUGUUGUUUAUGCAAACAGCAAAGAGACAGGAAUGGUUGGAGGAGGGGCAGUUAUGGAGGAGACUUUAAGGGCUUACAGCGGAGGACGACCCCCUAACUCUGUCCCUCCUCCCCCACCAGGGGAAGCACCCAAGACCCCAACACAAAGGGGAUCUCGCCUGUGGGGGGAGGGAGGGGAGGGUAAGGGUCUUCAAAUGCCCAAACCUGGAGACACAAUGGAGUCGGCUACCAGGACAGUGUUUAGCUCCAGGAAUCCAGACGGCUCUUCUGGAGUCCCACAUCACCGAAACAUCGUCACCUUUGCUUCCACGACUACAGCGCUGUCAUGUCACCAGGCCCCCAGCAGUGUCGGAGGAUCCGGUCAAAACCCAAUGCCUUCAUCCCCAGCCCUAUCACCUCCUGACUCCGGACUAGGACUUCCUGCUUCGUCGUCCUCCUCCCUUCCUAUCUCCGCAGCCUCACCUUCCCCUACUCUCACUGACAUGUUUGGCCUCCCCACCCCGCCUCUCAGCCUGGGCACGGGACGCUCCCGCUCCCCUUCUCCCCUCACCCUGAUCCAGCACACCACCCCCUCCUCAGCCUCGUCAGCUAAACCCUUUGUCUCCAAGCCCCUUUUGCUGUGGAGCAAAGCAGAUGUAGCCGAUUGGUUGGAAAGUCUGAACCUCUCGGAGCACAGGGAAGCAUUUCUGGAUAACGAUAUCGAAGGCAGCCAUCUUCCAUCAUUACAAAAAGAUGACCUCAUCGACUUGGGCGUCACCAGGGUGGGACACCGCAUGAACAUAGAGAGAGCUCUGAAAGUGUUGAUGGAUAGAUAG